CACAACACCCACCCACCCACCUCUACCACACAUACACACAUGUAACCUACGACCCGAGGACCAACCAGCCAUGUGGAGUUUACAAAGAAAGGACUGACAGAACUUAUUCUUUCUUCUGGAAGUAGCCUGGAGAUGGAUGUGAUUUCCUCUUUUCUUGCACUGCGGGGCUGCUGCUGUCAAACCUCUCAGGGCGUGCUCCACUGUUUACUCUCAGCUCACGGACCAGACUGGGGCUGGGAUACACAAUCCAAAUAGAACGGAGGUGAGGGAUUAUUCAUACCCUGGAUGGUAUGAUUUUGAUUUUAAAUUAUCAUUUGGUGAGUUUUUCUUUCCUCCUCCCCUUGGAUCAUUAUGUUUCGCACUGCUUCCUGUGCAGUAACAACACAGUGGUAAAUGGGUGAACUUUAUCCCCUUGUUAUCAUGCAGAGUCGUUUAUCAGCUCCUGUUGUAUGAGCUUCAGUGAAACGAUGUGGCAGUGGUAGUUGUACUUUGACUGCAUCUGGCUUAUGCGAGCAGCAAGAGGGAGGCUGAUCUUGUGUCGAGGGGUCAUCAUGGAACACAGGGGUCACCCCCGGCCCGACUCCGUCCAGCACUCUUACAGAACUAAAGACAGAGACAGGUAUUCUCAGCAGGACAGGGACCACAGCUAUCAACCGCCGGACCCCAGAGAGAGGGACAGACACUGGGCUCAGACGGAUGCCCACUACAGGGCUCACUACACCAAUCCACCUGCCAGACAGGAGCAGUAUCCUCACAACGCUCAGCAGUAUCCUCACAACGCUCAGCACUAUUCUCAUGUCUACGGCCAUCCGGAAAUCCAAAGACCACAGUCCAGGCAUGGGUAUGACUAUCAACCCCACAGCCAACGGGACUACAGAGACCACUAUGGUUACUAUGACCAAGACUACUACAGGGGACAGCAUGGACGACAAGAUGCCGGCCCAUGGGGGGUCCAGAGCUCCUCGAGGACGGCCCCUUAUCGUGAUGGAUCCUACAAGCCGGAGCACUCGGGGAGCUCCUACACCGACGAGCACAGGUACGACCAAGGGCGAGUCGACUCCCAGCAGCACCUCAACCACUACGAGGAGAAUCCAUCCAGAGAGAACGAAGAGGUGUCCUCUUACCUGGGGACAUUGGAAAGCUCCAAAAACUCUGGGCUGUCUUCCAGCAGCUAUGAGCUGAGUCAGUACAUCAACGGAGGGGACCACGGCGAGCCCGUCCACCAAUCCGACCGCACGUCUGACGCAGCUCCUUCAGAGCACUCGCGGGUGCAUCUGAUGUCAGCCCCUCUGAAGUACUCCAUCCCUCAUGUGGUGGUGAGCUUCGGGCCAGCGGGCCAGCUGGUACGGGUCACUCCAGGCUUGUCCACGCAGGAGAACGUCAGCCAGCUGGAAGUCCACAGUCUGGAAGUCAUUCUAGGUGAGACCAAGGACCAGCUGGAGAUGAGAAACUUCCCAGGGCCCUUAACCAGGGAAGAUCUGCACAAAGUGGAUGCCUUAGAGUUCGCCCAACAGAGGGCCGGCGCCUGCAUGAGGGGCGACGACGAGCUGCAGGAUAAGAGCUCUGCUGCCCUCCUGUGGAGUCUCCUGAUCCUGCUGUGCAGACAGAAUGGACAAAUCGUUGGCUCGGAUAUCGCAGAGCUGCUGAUUCAGGGCUCACAUUCCGAAGGAAGCUGGGAGUCAGAGGCUCCCACACUCAUUGACUUCAGUGACGGUGCAACUGCUGAAGCACCAACUGGCACGGGAGAUGACCUGCUCACGGGAGACUGGAGCAGAUUCAGCUCUGAGACCUCUGGGAAGGCCCUGCAGAGCUACACCCAACUGCUGCUGGCUGGGAGAAAAAAGGAGGCCUUGGAGUCCGCGAUGAGCAGCGGCCUGUGGGGGCAUGCACUGUUUCUGGCCAGCAAAAUGGACAACAGGUCCUACACCACUGUGCUAAACAGGUUUACAGGCCAGCUCUCGGCCAGCGAUCCCCUCCAGACCCUCUUCCACCUGCUGACUGGGAGAAUCCCUGCUGUAUCCAUGUGCUGUGGCAAUGAAAAAUGGGGGGACUGGAGGCCCCAUCUGGCUGUUAUGCUCUCCAACGAGACGGGAGACCCUGCCGUCCAACAGAAGGCCAUCGUCACCAUGGGGGACACCCUCGCCUCCAGAGGCCUUGUACAUGCCGCCCAUUUGUGCUACCUGACGGCCGGCGUUCCCUUCGGGGGAUUCAAUCAAAAGGCGGAGAGACUUGUGCUUCUGGGCAGCAGCCACAGGCAAUCCUUUAAAUACUUUGCCACGAACCUCGCCAUUCAGUGCACUGAAUUUUAUGAAUACUGCCAGACACUUGGGGGCAGAGGCCUUUCACUACCAUCCUUUCAGGUGUAUAAGUUCCUGUAUGCCAGUCGACUACUGGACUGCGGCCUUGCAUCGCAGGCCUUUCAUUACUGCGAGGUGGUGGGACGGGCGAUCCUCAGAGAGAAGGAGUCUUCCUUUGUGCUGACUGGAGAGGUUAUCAAGCUGUCAGACAGGCUGAGACACGCCGAGGGGGAGUUCAGUGACGCAGGUGUUAGCGGAGCCGGGCAGGAACCCGACUGGCUGAGACAGCUGCGUGCCAGGCACCACGGUUUACAGACGGGGAGUUACACCUGUCCUGAAACAUUCCAGUCACCUCCUGAGGAAAGCGCGUUGGCCCAAGAGGAUGACAACGUGUCCAUAGAAUCACGCGUGGAUGACCUAAAUCGUGACAUCCAGAGUCCGGAGCCAGAACUCCUUUAUUACACAGGCGUUGGGGAGCAAGCGAACCUCCAGCACCAAGUGGAAAGACUAACGGAGGAAUUCAACGUAUUGUCAUGGGGCGAUAACGGAGCUCAGGACGGGCCACACGCCAAUUCUCCGAUGCCGGUACCGCUUGUUUAUGCUCCCCCUGCGUCCACAGGGACUGAGAGCCAAGCCUUUGGUUAUCAUAACAGAGAUAGUGCUGAAGUCAUAGAUGCCUCGCCACAUUGUCCUCCAGCAGCGGAGGGGGCUGGGUCAUCCUACGGAGCAGGCCCGAUGGGGCUUCAAAUGCUUGAGGUCAACGUCAGUCGGCAGGGGCAAUUCCAGCAGAGCGUCGGGCAAGGUUUAGGGGGCUACGAGCAGACCGGCGAACCUCCUAAACAGAGCACCAAAGCCGGCUGGUUUAGCGGUUGGUUCAAGUCGAAGCCCAAAGAUGUUCACGAGGACAGUUCAGAGCAGAGAAGCCCGGCUCAGAUGGAGCUACCACCGACCACCGGCUUCUGCCCCCCUCCCCCGCCCGCAAUGUUUUCAUCUCAGCCUUCCUCGGCUGGCAUCAACCCCUUUUCAAGGAAAGCAGGACAGCAGCUGGGGUAGACGCCCUGUCCAGACCUCCAUGCUGUGUCACAGGGUGUGGGCGAUAUCAGAACACCUGUCAACCAGUGUCUCUAUCUCUAAUUUCCCCUUGGGGAUUAAUAAAGUAUAUAUCUAUCUAUCUAUCUAUCUAAUGAGAGCUUCAUCUGCACAUGGAUGAACACCAAUAAUAUCUACUAUAUCCCCCCCACCCCCCACACACACUUCUUUCUUUUUAAGGAUGUCCUUACAAACCCCCACCGUGCUCACCGUCAUGUUGCAUAUUCGAUCCAGAAAUACUCUGGGGGGACUGGCAUUAGUAACUCAUAUUGCAUCGAGCACAUGUGCUCUCCAAAAAGCUGACAGCGGGGAAAUUGCCAGCAGACGCACUCCAUAUUUCGGGGAAGGGAUAUUUUAAUUGACCCCAAUAACCAUUUAUGCACAAGAGCUUUGACCAGGGUGGAACGAUGCCAGCAACUGCAUAAUGUAAGUUAUAUUUAGAAGUGUAAAUCCCAUUCUUAUGAUCCACGCUACUUAAAACACAAUUGGUUAUAACAAUGAACAAAAAUAACAUUCAAACACAAAUGAGGUGCGAACUAUAAAGAUUAAUCCGAUGUCGCGGUCGCUCAUUAGCCUCGGGGAAGCCAUCCAAGCGGAGUGAUCCUGAAACCGCGAGUCUGAAGUUUCAUCCUGGGAUCUGGCAGGAAAACAAACUGUGUCCCAAUUUGACGAAGGACACGUCAUCGGAAUCAGUCUUUAAUUAACACUUGUUCUCGAGAGGAAGAUCAUGUCAGGUCUUUGUGACGGGGUGAGGCUCAGGCGCAGAGAGACAGGCUGGACGCAAUAUAAAUAACAAAAAAGCACUCUUAAUGAGGCAAAACAGUUUACAAAAAAACAAGGUCCAAAAGGGGCAGGCAGAGGAUCGUCGGUCAGGGAAGGCAGGCAGGAUCAGAUACGACAGACGGGACAAAGGGAAAAAGACACGGAACUAGAGACGACAAUCCGACAGCAGACAAGGGAAAGACUGACACAAUAUAUAGGGGGGAAACACAGGUGUACAACAUCAGACAGUAACGAGACAAGAGUGGCUGAGGGCAGGUGCAGGGAAUUAAACAAUUAAGACAGAGAAGACACAGAGGAGACAUAGGAGACACGGAACACAGGAGAAACAGAACAGAGUGUUACAGAUCAAGUAAACCUCAGGGCAACGUGGACAUGAGGUGAACCUCAACUCUUUUCAAAUGUCAUUUCUGUUCUCUCCAUCUGAUUAUUAACCUUCUGUAAAGGGAAUUGUAUUGUAUAUCAGUUAUUGAUGCUGCCAAGAUGGAUGACAAUGCGCGGAUUGGAGAAGACACGUUAAAGACAAACACCCCCAACACAUACAGCCAGUAUUCACUUAUUGGAUGAAACUGUUUAUGCGCUGAUAAUUGCAAUGCUUUCAUUUGAGAACAAGCUUUAUUGAUCGCCCUAUCAAAUAAAUGUAUAUGUUAUGACGUAGUUAAUGUAGGCUCCUUUAAAUGUAUAUAAAACACACUAAUAUAUGCUAUUAUUACCGCCACUUUUUUCACAUGUCUUUGUGCUCUAUGUAUUACAGUAUUUGUCAAUGCU